CGGCCCGAGGCCCGCUCGCAGGCUGGGGGGGGGGGCGGCGACCGGGGCUUUCUCACGGGCCUCCCGCGGCUGGCGCAAUGGCGACGGCGCGGUGGAUGUUCGCGGACGCGGGGGUGCGAUGUAUAUACCACGUCGUCUGGUCGGCCAUGGAGUCAGGGAAAUCGGCGAAGGAGAGGCCGCCGGGCGGGCCUCUGGGCGGGCCGCCGAGGACCGCCGAAGGUCUUGAGCCGGAGCUUGGCGCGGAGGAACCCGCUGCGGUGGAGCAGGCUCGGCAGCCUGCAGGACGCCAUCGCCGCGCUGGAGGAGAGGCCGCCGCCCUGGCGCCCGGGCGGCCGUCGCGCCCGGUGCGCCUAAGUGUGGGACGAGGGCGGCGCGCGCCGCGAGCUGCUCAGCUGCGCCAGCCGUGGAGGAGGCGGUCGCGCAGCUGAGGGGCCGCUGCACGGGCGCUCCUGCUGCAGGUGCCGGGGUGGCCGGCGCGGGCGGGGGCGCGGCCGCGCCGGAGGGCCGCCCGUCGGCUGCGGGCCCGCCCUUCCGCUGCGAGGACCGGGCGAAGAUCCCGGAGGAGCUGCUCCAGGGGCCAUUCCAGGAGAGCUCGAGCUCUCCGAGGACGUCUAUUCGACGGCGUACCUCAUAGCUAGGAAUGCCACGGAAGACAUGUACAGCAUUUGGCCCUGGGCGAACCGACAGGUGAUCGUCGUCUGGCUGUACAUGAUCUUCAUCGUGGGUUCCCAGCUGUUUGCGAUCGCAGCGAUCACAUUGUGGUACCCGCUCAGCGUGCAGACCGAGCGUGCUAUUGUGGACUGCGGCAACGCGACAUCGCUGGCACCGCUGUUGGCGAGGGGGUUUAGAGAUGCAGCAACAGGAAACGAAUGCAGGCGUGCUGGAGAAAUCGCUUUCUGGACAGACCUGCAUGGCAGGCAGGUCGCCUACUAUUCGUUGGAGAUGACGACGCCGUUCCACAGGGCCGUUCUCAUGAAGGGGGACUGCAUGGUGCAUAUACUUCGCUUGGUAUGCUGCGCUUGGGUGUUCUCUCAAAUUUAUUUUCAGCAUUUUGUUCCAGUUCAAUCUCUCAUUGAGUACCACGACUUCAGUCGAUGGUUCUUACCGUUGAAAGGGGCGGAAACGCGAAACAACUGGGCGGUGUGCGUAGCCUUCAUUCAGUAUUCCAUCGUGCUAAUUGACUUGACUGUGUCGUUUGUUGUCAUUUGGAGAACCUUUUGACAUCGUGAUGAAUUCCAUGGCCUUCACUUUUAUCGCAGAAGUUGGGAGGCUCUUCAACACACCCCUCGUCCAGCAGAUGGCCUCCACCAAGAUCAACGGAUGCGCCUAUGGCGACGUGUUCUAUCUGUACCCUGUCUACGCGGAGUCAAAUGCUGUGCAAGAGGAUGGGACCUACACCGACGAGGGGUGGUACAUAUUGCAGGACGAGGAGAGAAGGCCGGGAUGCUCUCCGACUACAAGGUAAGGCACAACCCCUGCGUGUACCCUCGCCGCUCGGAGACCUUGGUGUCGGUCCUGUCUUGGGCGCUCGCGGUGGUGCCCGCUCUGGUGACGCUGCUGGCUGCGGCGUACUCGCGUCUGACAGAGCCAGCACGGCAAGGAAUGCUGCCAUAGCGCAGCAAAAGAAGUCCUCCCGCUGCUGCUGCUGCUGCUGCUGCUGCUGCUGCUGCUGCUUCUCCUUGCCUUCCUCAUGCUGACUCCCCCCCUCCUCCUCCUCCUCCUCCUCCUCC